AUGGCCAGUACUGCCACAGCUACCAACGUCUCUGCCCCAGAAGCGGAGACGAUGCAGCUCCGCCUGGCGUCCGGCAACGGCCCCAUCACCCGGACCAUCCGCCGCACGCCGCUCCGGGACGCAUCGCCAUCCGAGAUCCCACUUAUCGACGUCUCGCCCAUGUUUAGUGACUCGCUCGCCGACCGCCAGGGUGUGGCGCGCAAGGUCCACGAUGCGGCCACGAACAACGGCUUCUUCUACAUCAGCAACCACGGCAUCCCGGCCGAGGUGACGGACAGUGCACAUGUGGCGUGCCUGGACUUUUUCCGCCAGGAUAUGGACGUCAAGAUGAAGACGGACGCGAACAAGGGCUCCUUCCACAACGGGUACCGCGCGCCCGACACGCAAAGACUCAAUCCGGAUGAGGGCGUCGACAUUCGCGAGAGCUACACCAUCCGCUACGACCCUCGCAUCGAUCCGACCAUUGCGGACCCGUCAAGCAUCCCGGAGCAAGCGGCCAAGUAUCUGCACAUCCACAACUCGCCGUGGGAGAACACGGAGAACCUGCCGCACUUCAAAGAGUCGUUUGUGCGCUACUUCCAGGCCUGCCUCGUCCUGGCACGUGCUCUAACGCGAGCCUUUGCACUCUCACUGGGACUCGAUGAGGGCGCCUUUGACAGCAAGGUGCAAUACCCAGACGCUGCAUUCGGGUUGAACUACUAUCCCCCCAUCGCUGGAGGCAGCAGUGACAAGGCCGCGGCGACACUCACGCCCGGGGAUCCCGACGCACGCGUGUCCAUCGGCUCGCACACAGACUUCCAGCUCUUCACGAUCCUGUGGCAGGACAGCAACGGCGGGCUGCAGGUGCUGAACCGCGAGGGCCAGUGGAUCGGGGCGCGGCCGGUCGAGGGCACGUUUGUGGUCAACAUCGCCGACUACCUGCAGCGCAUCACCAACGACCGGUACGUGAGCACGGUGCACCGCGCGCAGAACUGGAGCGGCCGCGAGAGGGUCAGCAUGCCCUUCUUCUGGGGCUUCGGGCUGCACGAGAGCUGCGGCGUGCUGGACAGCUGCGUGGCCGCGGGGGAGGAGAAGAAGUAUGACGAGAUUAGGUGCAUAGACUGGUUCAACCGCAGGAUUGGCAAUAUGCUGGAUUUGAGCGAGGAGAAGUGA